UUCCUAACUAGUGUGUGUGUGUGAGUGUGUCUGCGUGCAUGCGGGCGAGUGAUUGAGCCGGCUUUUAUUUGUGUCAAUGUUCGAAAUGUAGAUCAGUAAUCUAACAGAGUGUCCCGUGUAUGAUCUCGCCAUGGAGAGACGCGCGGGAGUGGACGCGCCGCACGGUGACGAGCGCAGUGUGGAGAGGCUCAUGGACGCGCACCUGAAAGCGCACGGGCUCUGCCGCAAGAGGAUAGCCAAGGACGGCUCGUGCUUAUUCAGAGCCGUGGCUGAGCAGGUGCUGCACUGUCAGAGUCUCCACACCAGGGUCCGGGCCGAGUGCGUAAAAUACCUCAGAGAGAAACGGGACCUGUACGAGUCGUUUAUCGAAGGUGACUUUGAGGAAUAUCUGCGCCAGCUUCAGGAUCCUCAGAGCUGGGUUGGACAAGUGGAAAUAAGCGCUCUGGCCGUUCUUUAUAAACAUGAUUUUAUUAUCUAUCAGAAUCCCGAAGAGCCUCCAGUGAACAUCACGCAGAACGGAUACCCCGAUAAGGUCCUGCUCUGCUUCCUGAAUGGGAACCAUUACGACAGCGUGUACCCCGCAUCCUCUGUGGAAAAUGCCGCCGUGUGUCAGUCGAUCUUGUACGAGCUGCUGUACGAUCGUGUGUUCCAUAUGGACCGGAGUGCGUUAACGUCAAGCCUGAGGAUGUCGAAAGUACCGAGCGAGACCAUCAUAACAGAGGAGAGAGAGAGCAGCGGGAACUCUGACCUGGACGAGGGAGAGGAUUUCUGGUCCGGUGAAGUUACAAGCAGGCCAGCCGGUGUGAACAACAGGACAGCUCACAGGGGUCGUGGGCGGGGCCAAGCCAGAGGAGUUGGGCGUGGCUGCCUACGUCGUAAGGUGCAGGAGUCCCUGAGCCCCUCCCACUUCAGGAAUGUGGAGUAUGAAGUGUGGCUGCGCUCAAAACGAGUUCAGCAGAGGAAGGAUUUCUGCAUGGCGGCCGGGAUGCACUACAAAGCUGGAGACAAGUGUCAGGUGCGGCUGAACAAUACGGAUCGCUUCUACGGCGCGUACAUUCAGGAUGUCAGCGCCGAUGAUGGACCCGUCACCGUCUUCAUCGAGGAACUGGGAGAAAAGUACAGUGUUCCGCUGUGGAAUCUGCGCUCUCAUUCAGAAGAGUCCUGGUCUACAGUGACGGAGAAACCCAAAAGACAAACCAGCACAAACGGAAACACGGAGCGCGACCCAAGACAUGGGAGGAAUCCCAUGAGGUCAAUGUCACAAGGUUCUCCGCAGUCCACCGUAGAGUCUCAGUCACUGGGAAAAAAUGGUUGCAUCAGGAGGAGUGAUCCGGGUACAGGUGGGUAUGGUGCAUCACCGCUUGAGGAAGACCACGCGCUGCUGGAGUUCCUGAACAAAGACGAGGAGAAUUUCCCAUCGCUCGAAGCAAGUGCGCAGGCUGCUAAUAUUGAUGGGAGUAGAAGACCUGAGAAAAAAGGAACCAGAAAGAAAGCCGCCGCAGAUACCAAAGAGCAAUCUUUGAACCCUAGUCAUAAGGCAGAAAGAGGAAAACUAACAAAAAAAAGUUCAGUGGAUCAAGACCAAAGAAUAUCUCCUCCCUUGAAAGAAGAGCUCAUCCCAACUCAGUCUAGUACCUUACCUGCCCCUUCAGCUCCAAAAUUGACAAAAGCUGCCCCUGGCUCUAAAACACCACUUGCCCGAGUUCCCUACAAAUCAUCAUCAUCUAUAUCUGCUCGUAUUCCCCCUAUGCAGUCUCAAACAGCCCCUGCUUCAUCUUCGAGACCCCCUGUUUUUUCUCAGACUACCCAUAUCCAGUCUCCAACUGCCUCUGCUCCAUCUAUAAAACCUCUGGAUUCUUUCCAGACUACCCCCGUCCAGUCUCCAACUGCCUCUGCUCCAUCUAUAAAACCUCUGGAUUCUUCCCAGACUACCCCCGUCCAGUCUUCAGCUGCCUCUGCUCCAUCUACAAAACCCCUGGAUUCUAUCCAGACUACCCCCAUCCAGUCUCCAGUUGCAUCCACUCCAUCAACAAAACCCCCGGAUUCUAUCCCGACUACCCCCAUCCAGUCUUCAGUUGCAUCCACUCCAUCGACCAAACCCCUGGAUUCUAUCCAGAUUACCCCCAUUCCGUCUCCACCUGCCUUUGGUCCAUCUUCAAGACCUCCAGAUUCGUCCCAGACUACUGCCAUGCAGUCUCCAACAGCCCCUGCUCCACCUACAAGACCCAUAGUUCUCUUUGAGGAUACCUCUGUCAAAUCUCAAGCUGCCCUUAAGCCUUCUGGAGUGAUUUCGGUAUCCUCUCAGACUAAUCUUGCCCAACUGCAGUCUCUCCCCAUGCCUACCACAUCCUUAAAUACCCCGAUAUCCUUUCAGAGUACUCCCACUCAGUGUCUAACUAUGCCCAAGACCAGCCCUGUGACAACCACCUCUGUACCCCAGAACUUGUCUCAAACAAUUCAGUCCCAAGGCUCGGAUCAGCCUGCAGCAGUAACUACCCCUGUGACUCUGAGCUUGGUUCCAGAAGCUAUUACCCCUCCUAUUCUUUCUCAACCAAGGACAAUACCUGUAUCUCCAUGUGCAACUGCCCCUAACCCUAUAUCAACCCCAGUAUCUUCCCCUUCUUCUACUCAAUCUGCUUCUUCACUUACCCAUACCAUUUCCCAGACUGUCUCCGUAACCACCCAGAGUCCUGCCCAAACUCAGAUUCCUUCUGCCACAGAAUUGCCUAGUUCAACAGAACUUUUUGCUGCCUCAAAUACUCCUUCUGAGCAGACGGCAUCCGAGCAACCAGACUCAGCUGAUGCACCCACUCAUAUCCAUGUCUCCCACUCCAUUACCCCUCCUGCUCAACCAGCACCUUCUCUUGCUCCUCCCUACCAUAUUGGUUUUGGUACUCACCUGCCUUAUCCACCCUACCCUCCGUAUCCAGCCCCUAUGCCAUCUUUUUCUCCAAAUACAUCUGCCCCCAUGCCAGAUCCCUGUCUUCCUCCUACAGUCCCAACUCCACCUUUCGCUCAUGCUCCUCAACCCUACCUGUGUGAUCCUGCAGUCUCACCUGUUGCAGGUGCCGGAGGUGCCUUGGUGCCUGAUGCCCCAUCCCAACACCCUUUCUCAGUUCAACAGAUUUGCCAAGACCCGUCUUACCCCGGUUUUCCCCAGAACGAAAAGGGUGAAGCUGUCCCACUGCCUCCCUUUUCCUACAACACUGCCGGCAAAGACCUGCCAAACGAUACAAGUGUCCUUAGAUUCUUCUUUAAUCUUGGACUUAAGGCAUACAUGUAUCAGAUGUUGGCUCCAGUUACCUACCUGGCUCCGCUGUAUCAGGCCUACCAACACAUGCAGUUCAAAGUCCCUCCUGCUCCAGUAUGCUGGCAACCAGAGAACAACUCUAGGCCAAUUUUUCCUUCCCCUAACCCAUCCCCUGCAGGGAGCACUCCUUUUAGUCACUUUGAUAUAAGGGGCAUGGUCCGCACCCCUUCUCCGUUAGAAGUUGGGCUGUUCAGCCAUCAUUCAUUGCCCAUGCAGAUGCCCUUGCCCGGUGCCUCCCACCCUAACGUAUAUGCAGGUAUGCACCCAGUGCCCCCUGCUGGUCCAUCACAACAGUAUUCUGCGCCCCCUCAAUCAGUAGGGCCUCAGCAUUUUUCUGUACCUCAUCCCAGACAUUAUGGGACGGAGCUCCACAUGCCGACAGUGCUACCAAUAAUUGAAGGGGCUCAAAGGGCUUUUAUGCCACAUGUAGAAAAACAGUUUUGUCCAGGUCAAGGUCAACAACAUUCAGAGGGCGGAGACAUCAAGCCAGUAGCUGUCCCUGUUACCAUCGAGAUGCAGCACAGCAGUGUCGCUCAAAGUGGUGUGCCAAGUAAAGGGGCGGAUCUGGCAGCGUUGGCCAACGGUAACAGACAAGGAAAGGGGAGUGAUUUCAUAGAAGAAUGGCAGACUGAGAAGGCGGAGUUUAGUGAUGCAGAUCUGAAGACCGGACGGAGCUAUUACAAAUCCGGGUUCAGGCGUGGCGCGGAUGAGCGAGGAGGAUACAGGGGGCGUGGCCAACGUGGAAAGAGAGAGUAUACAGCAUAUGGAAGGCAGGACGGCCAGGUCCCUUACUACAGAGGUGGAAGGAGCAGAGGGCGGGGCUACAAUAACACCAAAGCGACAGGAUACCCGAGCAGGCAGUUUACACCUGCACCCGAAAGCUGACAAUCAGUUGUUUGUUUUUGAUGUCAAUCCUCUUGAAGUCGGUGUUCAUGGUCUUGAGGUUUUAAAAACUUUCUAUUUUCUAAUUUAAAAAGAUUUAUUUUUCCGCUGCUGUUUGUUCCCAGAAAGGCGUGUUCCCGCUUUGUAUUCAUACGUUCUGGUGUCUAUUAAAGGUAAUAAAAGUUUAAAGAGCUGUUGCUGAUUUUUCUCCAAGAACGGUGGAAUACGGAGACGAACAUCACCUGGACAGCACUGAACACGCAACGGCUGCACACACGCCACGUUCAUCUCGCCGAGCACGUCAACGUGACGAUCGAAACUGCACCUGAAUCUCGCUUCUGUUUACUGUGUGAACUUUAGACAUGCGUGCAUUCACGACUUAACUCUAAGAUCCUGCGUUGGAUAACAAACAUAUAUAUCUUUACUGUAGAUUUUUGUUGUGAAUUUUUAUGUAUCGUUGUUUACUUGUGAAGGAGUGAUGCAGGAAAAAAAAAAAAAAAAUAGACAAUUUGCCUCCAUUCAAAUGUAGUCCAUUAGCUGAAACAGUGUCCCGUGUUUGCUUGAUGCUUUUUUUUUUUUUUUUAAGGAAAUGACUAAAAGAAGGUAAACUGUGCACUAUAACCAGUCCUCGCUAACGUCGGCUAAUGAACUAGUCCAAUCUAUCUUGUUCGUCAGAUAAGAUUUAACAUCAUCAGUAAUGCAGAUAGAAUAACGUUUGGUGUGACUCUGGAAAAAAAAGAAAAAAACACCACCACACCAAGUUUAGUAAAAUCUUAAUGUUUGCGGGCACCUGACCAUGAUGACGCCCCCUAGAGGCAACUGAGUGGAUCCAAACCUGUAGAAGCGCUCCGCUCCUGUGAGAUCCACAACACCAUGAAGACAUGGUGUAUUAAGUCUGGAGUGAAGAAACUUGAGGGGGACUAAAACUCAACCUCAUUGAACCUUCAGCUUUGGAGAUGAACUGAGACGGGAGGAUUCUUGAAAUCCCAGUAUGAUGAAGGCUUCCCAAAGCCUUGCGUCCACAACCUAGUGGAAUGGGAUCUUCAACAGAUGGUGAGGGCUGCACAAACCUUUUUUUUCUGGAUAUAAUUUUUUUUUUUCCUGGCGUUAAGUCACAUUUAAAAGCUCGUCCUGUAUCUAGAAACCACAUGCAUUAAAUUCAACCUGGUAGCGGAACACUGGAAUGUUGAGGAACACCUAGCUUUCUACCUUCUUAAAGUUUAGAAUCAGAUUAAUUUUUUCUCAAUCACAUGCGCGUGUAUUUAUUAAUAUUUACUGAUUUUUAGCAGAUUUGAUUCCUCGUUAGCUUUAGCACAAAACCAUGAAAGCAAACUUCUCUCUCAGGUUAAUGGGCUACAUUCAGGGCGAAUGUUGUAAAUCCGUGUCGUUUUGUUGUGUUUGUGGCUGAAUGACUCCUUUUAAGCACAUACGAAUUUAGUUUACGAUUUAAUGCUUUGUUUUUAUCAUUUUUGCGCGUGGAAUGUCAACGCUACUGUCUGUACACUCUCCUCAUCUCCGACCUCGCGACGUGUGAUCGUAGGUUAGAACUAUCGCUUCGUGCACUUUCAUUUCUGAACCUUACACGGGUCAGGAAACAGAUUUGUAGGACAUGUUGUGUGAAAUAUAGGCUGAUGAUUUCAUCUCUCUCUCUCUCUAAGCUCUAUAAUGUAAAAAGGUUUGAUGUUGAUGAUGGUUCUCGUUUUAGUGCCUUAGACUUUAUUUCCCCGGGUUUGUUCAUGCACUUGUGAUGAAAGUUGAUGAGUGUGCCUUCUCUAGAACGUGUGUAAGGAGGAUUUUAAAUCGAGUGCCUACGUUUACCCACAACCAAAGAUGAAACUGGAUGCAACUUUUGAUACUUAAAUAAAGAGAUGUUUUCCUCACAA